AUCAUUGUUUAAAGAUAGCCACUUAAAUGAAUUCAUCAACUCCAGACAACUUCGUGAAGAUGGCUUCAAUGAGUUUGAGUUGACAUCAGUCCAAGAGGUAACAAGUUCACUUCAACAGAGCCUAGAUGCUUCAUCAAUUCAUCGACGAAGAAGAUCAGUUGACUCUACAGAAUCAUAUGAUAUUGAAAUAUAUGCCUUUGGUGAAUCUUACAAAAUGACUCUUCAACAUACCAAGUCGGUACUCCACCCUUCAGCUAAAGUGUCCAUACUUAUUGACCAAGAAGAAAAAGAAUGGGAGGGAGAUCAUCCGGAUUGUUUUCUGAUUGGAAAUGUCCAUUCUCAUGAUGGAACUGCCUCGGCAUCAUUUUGCGAAGAAUUGCGUGGAAUGAUGUCAACUAGCGAUCAUGAUCUUCACUUUGAAGUUUUACCACAUCAUAUUCGAAAACGGGGUACAUUAAGUAGUAAACAGCACACUACACUGAUAGCCAGAAAACGAAGAGAAGAUUUACUGUUCUCUGAUUUAAGUCAAACGAAUGAUAUUCACCAAACUGAAUAUAAGCAUAAAAGAAUACACAAACGAGCGGUGCCUUCCGUUGACUUUACAAUCGAAUUGGCAGUGUAUGUUGAUGCAGAUUACUUGACUUAUAAAUUACCAACUACUGACAUGACACGAAGAGUGGAAAUUAUGGUUUGCAAAUAUAAUGCAGUACAGUGUGAAUGGAGUCGUGCAGAUGUGUUGAAUUAUAACAUAACUCUAUCAAUAAAACUUUUGACGUUUUUAGAUACAAACCCGUCAUGGUACAACACUUCCACUGCCCUAUCAGUUCCUCUUAACACUAUAUGUACUGGAACUGAAGCUGGUCUAGCUUAUGAUCAUGUUCAUGUUCACACAGGCAUACCUAAUCCAGAAUUAGGAGGAUUAGCUUACCAAAGUCAAGUAUGCAAUGCUAGGUACAGAUGUGGUGUUUCCGCAGAUGGUAUUACAUCCUAUGGAACAGUAGUACAUGAAAUAGGCCAUAACAUGGGUAUGUUUCAUGACGCUGAUCAAAAUUGUUUAUCUCCAGACGUUGGUAUAAUGGGUGGCGCUGGCGUCGGAUGGAGUACAUGCAGCUGCAAUGAUAUGAACACUAUGUUACAAACUGGAAAUCACGGAUGUCUAUGGACAGACAAUAUUGCUGAUAAUGAGGUUACUCCUGUAUCUUUACUUGGAUUAACAUUAGUGCCAGAACUUCCAGGUCAGUUGAAGACAGCAGAUGAAAUAUGUGAACAGUUAUACGGAAGUGGAUUUAGAUACCGUGAAUAUCCAAAUGUUGUUAAUCCUUCUUGUAACCUGUAUAGUUGUGUGGAUCAUAAUGUUGGAAAUGCGCAUGGUCAGAUGUUCAGGCAGUCUGAUUCUAUUCCGGGUCUCUACUGCGAAGACCAAAAGAUCUGCUUUGGUGGUUCGUGUGUCGAUUGGUCUGAAGCGCAAAUGAUUAAUCCCGAAGUACGAGCUGGUGGGUGGUCAGAUUGGGGAACCUGGACAACCUGUUCCCGGACAUGUGGACGAGGAAUGAUUUACAGACGGAGAAUAUGUAAUAAUCCAACACCAAAGAACAAUGCUACUUGCGAUGGCAAUGAAUACGAAGCGCAAGGUUGUAGUCUUACGCCUUGCGAUGGAGACAAUACCAUUGACUCUAAUCUUAUAAUACAAAGAGCAACAGAGACAUGUCAAAGGCUUAUUGAUAACGACAUCAUUAAUGGAACAGAGUAUACAGCUUCAGGAACUAUUUACUCAUCGUUAAACCAUGGUGUAUGUGAAGUUCUUUGUGAAUCAGCUCCGGGGUAUACUAGACCUGAUUUUACAAGAUUUGGAUUGAUAGAAAACGGUACGCCAUGUUCUGGAACCUUAGAUACAGCUGAUGCAAAUCAAUAUUCCCGACGUCCAGGGUUUUAUUACGCUUGCUUAGAGGGUUAUUGUCAGAAAUUUGACUGCGCCAAUACUCUGAAUGCUGGAGUAUUUGAUGGAUGCGGCGUAUGUAAUGGUGACAAUAGUACAUGUAUUAUCCGAGAGGGAUACUUUACAGAUGAUUUGGUUCGAUAUACAAGAAGCGAUUGGACGAAAAUUCCUGUUGGUGCAUAUAACAUAGAAAUAUCAUUUGUAUUCAACGAUAUGAAAAACUAUUAUACAGAAAUAUAUACGAAAGAAAAUAUCCCACUUAUAACGAGUAGCAUUGCCGGUGACAGCAGAAUAUUUCAAACUGGAGAUAGUCCGGUUAGUUUUAAUGGAACUUUUUGGCAUAAUGAUGCUUUUGUUGCUAUCAUGCAUGCCGAAGGACCAUUAACAGAGCCUGUGAUAGUGAAGGUCUACAAUUUGGGAUUGAACAAUAAUACUGGAAUGAAGUAUAUUUACUCCGUGCCCACUGACAAAACAAACAGUGAAACUGUUGGAACAAGUGAGGUUACGACAACACAAUUUGUUGUCGAAACAGAACCGUCCAAGGAUGUAGCAACUGUAUCAUUUGAUCAUCAUUUUUCAACUAAAUCGAUAACAACAAUCAGAACUAUAUUGACAGAAACGUCUACAGCUACAAAAUCUGAUCCAUUAUCGACAAUAGCAUCAUCCGACCAAUAUGCAAGCGCAUCAUUUAUAUCAACAGAACAAAGUUCAUUAUCCGAAUUGAUACCAACAAAAACAUCUAUACCAACUGAACAGUCUUCUGAAAAAACGAUAGAACCAGUUUCAGUUCAAAUUGACAUUACUACUAAUGUGUUGUUGGUAGACGGUAGGAAAUCAACAAGAAUACCCGCGAGUAUAACAGAUACUUCAAUAUUGACUACAGAAUCAUCAUCACACAGUUUACAGCAUACAACAAGAAUCAUAAACGAUGUAUCCAGGAAUGAUACACCUAGUUUGAACACAAUUGGCAAAUUUAACCUUGUGCUCAUUGUAAUCAUAGUCAGUUGUUUAUUAUUUGGUAUUCAAAGUAUUGUAUGUGCUGUGUUUUUUCGAGGGAUUUUUCAUCCUGGAAACGAUAAGAAAAAUCAUUCGCAACACUAAAGCAACAAACCACAUAGAUUAAAAGCAGUAACCAUGGACACAGCGACAAAUGAACCCUUACCUGUAAACUAACGGAACCCAAUUACUACUUUAUACCAGUCAAGUAUCUCAAUAAAAGUGCUGACACAAUCGCAUAACAAAUUUUUCCCUUUUGCAUAUGAAUGUUUCUAAUAUUUUUCAUUUAAAGAAUGAUAUGAUACUUUAUGUAAACAUGACAAGCUAGUCUGUUUCACAUUAUUUGUCCGUAUAUGAUUAGAUCCACAUGUCAUUGCAUAUGCUUUACUAGCAGAGGGUGUAUUCCCUGUCCAAUCACAAGUUGUAUUUUCAAUGAGUUUUAAUGUAAUGUCUAUUGUUUGUGUUUUCUACUUAACAGUAUUGUUUUACCUGACCAGAAAAAUAUAACCAAUAUUUUCUGUUGGAAAUGCAUUCCAUUUCGAUACGCAAUUCGUACGAUCAUGCUUAUGACUACAGAUACGUGUAUGGAAUCUUAUUGUAGCGCUAAAGGGAGCAAUGAAAUAAAUCUAUUAAAUACAAUUCAUCUACAAAAAUACCCAGCUUCGAGGAAAGUUCUUGACAGAAAAAUCUCUAAUUUAGAUUUACAAUAUGUUUAUGGUAAAUCGACUGUUUAAUUCAAUUUUUCAAACGUCACAAUGUUAAACAGUUAGCAGCCGUGAAGUUGUCAUUAAAACGUUCAUUGAAACUGCCGCCGCAAACCAUAUAAUUGUCUUAUUUCCUAUCUCAAUCA